AUGAGAGCAGAACCACAGAAGCACAUAGCUAAUAAAACGUCUUCAGAUGUUUCCGUUUUAACAAUCAUGAUGUUUACAAUAGAAAGAUAUUUUGCAAUAUGUCACCCUUUCAACUUCAAUAUGCUGAAAAACUUACAUGGUAGGAUAUGUCUUAUUCUUAUUUCAUGGAUUAUAGCUUCCUUAUGUGCAUUACCGUUCGGAUUGUAUACAACUAUAAGCUAUGUGGAGUUUCCUCCUGGUUCAGGAAACUAUUCCACAGCAUCUGCCAUUUGUGCAAUGCUAGUCAUUAAUUUGCCAAAUUAUCCUAUCUAUGAACUUAGUAGUAUAGUAUUUUUCUUCAUUCCAAUGUUCGUAAUCAUCAUUUUAUACUUGAAAAUAAGUUUAAAAAUUAGAGAAAGUUAUCAGCUGAGACAAAAACUUAGCGGAAAAUUAAAUUAUGAACUGGUCUUAAUGAGAAGGAAGAGAGGAACGACAAAAAUGUUGGGUUCAGUCGUACUUACUUUUAUGAUAUGUUGGGCACCAUUCCACAUCCAGAGAUUACUUUAUAUUUAUGGACAAGAUACAGAUUACUAUCCUGACAUGAAUGAAUGGUUAUAUUUAUUCAGCGGGUGUUUUUAUUAUUUAAACACUGCAAUUAAUCCUUUACUUUACAAUUUAAUGAGUACUCGAUUUCGUAAAGCUUACAAACAAAUAUUUAACUGUUCAAAAAGUGCUAAUGAUCUUUAAACUAUUGUAUGGCAUUGUGUUGUACUGUAUCAAAUUUUAGAAAUUACUAUACCAGAGUUGUAAUAUUCUUUGUAUAACGACGUCUACUAUUUAAUCCUUUUUUUCCUUACAGCGCUUUGAACGUCCUCAAAAAUGUAGGGUCUUACUUAAUCUACACAAUUUAUAAAAG